GUAGGCCUCGCUCGUGAUCGUGAGCACGCUGCGCGUGUUUGAGAUGAUUUCAAAAGGCCGCAGUAGGAAGAGGCAUUGCCGUUGAGGCAAAAUGCCUGGUCACCUUCCCACAGAUACGCGCUCGCCAGGCUCUACGACGCGGUGGUUUUUAUAUCCGAGAAGGCCUCGUCGUUGGGGGCAGAAUCGAGCAAAGCGCACAAUGCGGAACCGGUGCAAAAGUGACGAUUCUAUUGAGGUGUAUUGUCAACACUCAAAUACAGGAAGAGCACGAUAUGUUUUCAACAAUUAUCCGCACAGCAGCAGACCAACAGGGCCAACGGGCGACGCCAGCAUCUUCAUUCAGUACUGCCCGUGAUAACUCUUCGUUUCCCAUGAUGCUAGCAGAGGGAAGCAGCAACCCGCUCGUCGCUGCCUUUUCUCUAGACAGCCACAGCAGAGGAGAUUAUCAUCGAGAGGAGGAGCAAUCGUCAUUGACAGCAGAGCCAAAGAAAGUGUUGCGACCUGAGGCACGAGGAAAGUUGGACGUGUCCGCGAGUGAAAAGAAACAAUUAAGUACUAAAUGAUAAGAUGACCAACAAGAUGGAGAUUGUGGUCAACAAUGAGCCAGACGAGGCCAGUUUUCUAGACGAGGACCUCCUAAAAAGCAAGGCACGCGGGGAUCCGACUGAAGAAAGUGAGGCAACGCCUGUUGCUCCUGUUGUUGAAGCUUUGAAAGAUAAAACAAAGGCUGACGUCUGUAACACGAAAAAAAAGACGGAAAAAAUUUUGAGAUGCUAACUUCCAGCGAAAACAUUUUGAGGCGCAAAGGAAAUGAUAACAGCGAACCCGAGGCUGACGCCGAACAAUGCUGCGAUUUGCAGUGCGAAACCGAC